UAUGUCGUAAAAGCACAAUGAAUGACGUUUUUCGCAACAGGUUCCUGAGGACAUGGAGUUUUGCAAACAAAUUUGUGACAAAUAUCGAAAAAUUCGGCCCUACAGCCAUCGAAUGAUGUGUACAUUGGGUUCCGACCAGGCUACAACUGUCCUCGCACCUACUUUGGCAAUUAAUCGACCAGAAAGAAUUAAGAAGUCUGUCCUUGAAGCUUACUUAGAAAAGGUCCAAAAUGGAGAGUUGGCAAAAGAUGACCACCAGGAGGGGAUUGUGAAGCACUUAGAUGCUUUAAACAGGAAAGUUGAAAAAUAUGAACCUCCAGAGAAAACAGGAUUUUUUGGCAAGCUUCUUGGACUUGAGAGGAAAAUCAGAACACCCAAAGGCCUCUAUCUACAUGGGAGUGUUGGAACUGGAAAAACUAUGCUGAUGGACUUCUUCUUCGAACACUGUGAGGUGAAAAAAAAGAGAAGGACUCACUUCCAUACAUUCAUGACAGAUGUGCACAAAAGAAUGCACAAAGUCAGGGCAUCAGUUCCUCGGCAGUAUAAUGUAAGAAGGCCUAAAGCCUUCAAUCCCAUCCCGCCAGUUGCAGAGGAAAUCAGUUCAGAGACCUGGCUUCUCUGUUUCGAUGAGUUUCAGGUUACUGACAUAGCAGAUGCAAUGAUUCUGAAACUGCUUUUUUCUGAACUCUUCAAGCAUGGCAUUGUUGUCAUAGCAACUUCUAAUCGACAUCCUGAUGAUCUGUACAAGAAUGGCUUACAACGAAUCAACUUCCUGCCAUUUGUAGAUAUAUUAAAGAAACACUGCCAUGUUCACCCUCUCAAUUCAGGAAUUGACUAUAGGAGACUAGUCUUGCCAUCGGAGGGACGUGUCUAUUUCAUAAACUCGGUGGAAAAUGUUGACGACAAGUUUGAUGAUGUUUUCAAAUAUCUUGCUGAACAGACAGGCCAAAAAAUAAAGCCAAAGAAGUUGGAGUAUUGGGGAAGGUCAUUAACAUUUGCUGUCACUUGUGGCAAAAUAUUGCAAACUACUUUUGAGGAUCUUUGCUGCCAGCCCCUGGGACCUAUUGAUUUUGUGGAAAUCUGUAAAGCAUUUGACAUUGUGAUGGUUCGAGAUAUUCCUCAACUGAGCUUGGACAAGAAAUCUGAGGCCAGGAGAUUUAUAACUCUCAUUGACAACUUAUAUGACUAUAAGGUUCGUUUUGUGUGUACAGCAGCAGGUUCGCCAGGAGAGCUCUUCUGUAAAAAGACGGAAAAUGAUGAAAGUGGUAACAUGAUGCUGAUGGACGAUUUAGGAAUCACAAAGAAUGACCCAAGGGCCAACGCAAGUAUAUUCACUGGAGAAGAGGAGCUCUUUGCCUUCGAUCGCACGAUAUCACGGCUGAUGGAGAUGCAGACCGAAGAAUACUGGGAUGCUGGACACCGUGAGGAGGCCAAGACGUGAUGUUGGCUUUAAACUAGAAGCAGACAAUGUAUUUUAUCUAUUUAUAGUAUUGGUUAUUUAAUGUUUCGAUGAAGCUAAUCAGUUAAUAGUUAAUGCGUUUUAGGUGGUUUUUGUGAUAGACAAAUCACUUGCAGGGUUCAAAUUGCUAUGGUAAACUUUAACACGAACAAGAAGAAAUAUCGUACGUUAACAACUGAGUGAGUCCUAUUGUCUAGGACAUCCUUUAGCAUAGAUGUGCAAUAUGAUGCACCUGUCUUCCCAUGCGGCCAUAAACAUGCAACAUUUUGUCAAUUUUAGGGAAUUGUUAACUUAAACUUAGAAUUGGUGUCUCUAAAGUUAGUUAAUAAAGGCUUUAUUUUUAUCA